AUGAAGGUGUUUCUUGCAGGCCUGCUCUUGAUCACACUGCAGCACUCUUUCGCCGCCGUGAGCCCCACCUCUUGUGAUGAGACUGAGCCGGUGGCUGAGAAAGUGCUAGACCUGAUCAAUAAAUGGCGAAAGGAUGGCUACCUUUUCCAGCUGGUGCGAGUUGCUGAUGCCCACGUGGACCAAGCGGACUCUGUAGCUGUCUAUUACUUAGUCCUCGAUAUCAAGGAAUUUGACUGUCCAGUCUUAUCUAGGAAACACUGGACUGACUGUGAGCUAGUGAAUGCCAAGCGUCCAUCUGAUAUAGUGAUCGGACAAUGUAAAGUGAUAGCUACAUCAUAUGUCAAAGAAUCUGAGGAUAUUAGGGUGAAUGACUUUAACUGCACCACAAGUUCUGUCUCUUCGGCGCUGGCCAACACUAAAGACAGCCCUGUGCUUUUGGAUUUCCUUGAGGAUACUGAGUCUUACAGAAAGUAUGCCAACAAAGCCCUUGAGAACUAUAAAACAGAGCAUGGUGAUUUUGCCUCUUUCAGGGUGGAUAAAGUAGAAAGAGUCGCAAGAGCGAGAGGAGGAGAAAGAACCAAUUACCAUAUAGACUUCUCCGUGAGGAACUGCUCGAGUCACUGGUUUCCCAAGCAUUCUAAGGUCUUUGGAUUCUGCAGAUCAGAUUUGUCAUAUGAUGUAGAACACUCUGAUUUGGAAACCCCAACGCAACUUGCCGUACAUUGUGAAUUCUUCAAGUAUGAGGAACAUAGAAACUUCAGUGGUAGAAAACAGUUUGGCCAUCCCUUUCCCUCUGAUGAGCAUGAGCAUCCUCCUGCAGGCAGACCCCCGUUUAACCAUUGUGGACCCCGAGAUCACCAUCAUCGCCAUAAGCCACAUAAAUUUAGAUGCCCACUUCCCCUAGAAGACAAAGAUCAUCCAGGUGGUGGACCUCCUCCAGGGUCAAAAUGUCAUCACCCCAUUUUUGGCCACAAUCGGACACAUGGACAUUCUCAUGAUCAUAAUCAUAAUUCUAGUGAGCACCAUUCUCAUGGACAUCAUCCCCAUGGACACCAUCUUCAUGGNNNNCAUCCUCAUGGGGAACAUUCCCAUGGACACCAUCCCCAUGGACACCAUCUUCAUGGACAUCAUCCUCAUGGGGAACAUUCCCAUGAACAUCCUCAUGGGCAACAUUCCCAUGAACAUCAUCCUCAUGGACAUCAUCCUUAUGGUCCAGAUUUCCAUGACCUUGGACCUUGUGACCCACCACUCCAUGGUCCUGGUCCCCAAUAUCAUCAUCACCCGGACGUGUCACCUAAGCAUUCAAAAGAAAGAGGUCCAGGUAAAAGACACUCUCAUUCCCACUGGAAACAAAUUGGAUAUGUUUAUCGACUCCCUCCACUAAACGAAGGUGAAAUCCUUCCUCUCCCUGAAGCAAAUUUUCCUAGGUGUUCAUGCUCGUUUUCAAACCAGAACAAGCCUCUAAGGCCAGAGAUCCAGCUGUUCCCUCAAUCAGCCUCUGAAUUAUGUCCAGGGAUAUUCAAGAAUGAGUUUCUACAUCUUUCAAAGUUUUUUGAAAAUAUUCCAAAAUAG